GCAUUUAACAAAAUUGGAUAUUUUUCUUCAUAUUUAGAUAAUUUUUUCAAUUUUAAUUUCAAGUCGGGAGUGAGUGUGUUAUUUAUAAUCGAUUCUGAAGAGUUAUUAAUAUUAUUAUUUAAGCUAAUAGUUGAGCUGUUUAGCGAGGGGCUAAUCAAUUUUUUAGAAUUUGGUGGGUUUGUGGAUAAAAUAUUAUUACUAUUUUGA